CUAACAAAAAGGAUUGCGGAGAUUCUAUGAUGAAUCAGCAGGCUUUUUCCUCGUGGGUUGGGCAUUGCACUAUUUCCCAUUUUUCUUGAUGGGCCGCCAAUUGUUCCUGCAUCAUUACAUGCCGGCACUUUACUUUUCCAUUCUUGUCUUUGGCGUCAGCUUUGAUCUCCUUACUGUCCGGCUCAAGAACAAGAAGCGCAUCAUCGCCGCCAUCGUCACCGUGCUAUGCUUUGUCACUGUGUAUCGUCAAUUCAUACCGAUCACGUAUGGUGAGCCGUGGACAAAGUCGGCCUGUGGUGCACACAAGUGGCGUUCUACUUGGGAUUUUGAUUGUGUUCAAUUCCAGGAUAAUUAUUCGCAAUACUAUAACAACAACAACGAGAUCCCCGGUAAUCCUAUCGGCAAGAUGCAAAACGCAAUCAAGUCUUAUUUCGCAGCAGCCCAGGAUAGAGAACUGCCACCUGAAGUGGGCGAACUCGCCAAUAUCGUGUCCGACGCAGUUGCAAAGAACAAUGUCGAUUCCACUAUCGACGACGCAUCGCCGUCGUCAUCAUAGAAAGUCAUACUAUUUACCCAUCACUACUCUCUUUAGCCCCAUAGCAUCGUAUACUAGUAUACACAUUUUACACACUACCUUAAAUUAAAAAGCAGAGCUCGUCUGUGCAACCUAGAGGAAAUGAAGUUGCAAGGAAAUCAAAUGUCCGCACUACGAAACGGGCAAGAGACUUUCGAGAAAGAAAGAGAGAAAGAAAGAGGAGUAUCACACAAGAGAUGAAGCUCAUUUCCGUC